AUGUUCCGUUUCACUCGUCUAUUGAGCGUCGUCGCGGCGCUUGCGGCUGCCUGCAGUCUCGUGGGUGCAAUUCCUCACCCGGACCUUGCGAAGCGUGCAAGCGUUUGCAAUGGAGACGCCUCGCUCUGCAAUCGUCUCUACUCCAACGUCACCUACAUUGGCGCUCACAACAGCUACGCCGUUGGCACUCUGCAAGGCGCAUCCACUGGAAAGAAUCAGGAGCAGUCGGUCACUCAACAGCUCACCGACGGCAUCCGUUUGCUCCAGGUGCAAGCUCACAAGAGUUCCAACUCCACUUCUGGCUCCGGCAUCGACCUUUGCCACUCUUCCUGUCAACUUGAAAACGGCGGCACACUUGAAAACUACCUUUCCCAAGUCAAGUCGUGGGUCGAUUCGAACCCUAAUGAAGUCAUCACGAUCCUCAUCGUCAAUUCGGACGACCAGCCAGUCAGCUCCUUUGGAAGCGCCUUCCAGUCCACCGGCUUGGCAUCCAAAGCCUACUCCCCCGGCACAGCUGCACUUUCAAAGUACUCGUGGCCAACGCUCGGUUCGCUCAUCGACUCUGGUAAAAAUCUCGUCGUCUUUAUCGACAAUUCUGCCGACGUUUCUUCGGUCCCCUACAUCCUGCCCCACUUUCAAAACACCUGGGAGAACCCGUACGACCAGACAUCUACACCUUUCAACUGCACCGUCGAUCGAAUCAACUCGGGCAGUCAGGCCAGCAACUUGAUGUACCUCAUCAACCACUACCUCGACUCGUCCUUCAACCUGUUCGGAACCACUGUGCUCGUCCCCAACACGGCGCAGUUGAACACCACCAACAGCUUGAGCUCGAUCAUGACUGACGCCAACAACUGCGCAAGCAUGCAUGGCUCCAGCUACCCCACCUACGUCUUGACCGACUUCUACGACGUCGGAAGCGGCAGCGUCUUCCAGGCCGCCGCUAGGAUGAACAAUGUCCAGUACACUGCAAAGGCCAUCGGAAACGCUACGAAGAGUGGUUCCAGCAGCUCCAGCAGCUCAAGUUCCGGUACGGCGCAGAGUCACAACAUGCAACGUGUCGUAGCUGCUGUUCUCGGCCUGACGGGCGUGGCGGUCGCUUCAACGCUGCUCUAG